CCUUGGUUACCUUUGACGUCACAUGGCCCAGCCCUGUCUCGACUCCUGGGGCUGGUCUGAUUGGAGGGAAACCCCGUGGAUUAGCCCGACAGAAUCAGCUGUGAGCCGCGGUUAGCAAACCUCCGACAGUCCCAUCGUUAUUCCCCGACACUCAGCACUGAGCAGCCAUGGACAAGAGCGAGCUAGUGCAGAAAGCCAAGCUGGCCGAGCAGGCAGAGCGAUAUGAUGACAUGGCUGCCGCUAUGAAGGCUGUCACUGAGGGUGACUCUGAACUGUCUAAUGAGGAACGUAACCUGCUCUCAGUGGCUUACAAGAACGUGGUGGGUGCCCGCCGCUCUUCGUGGAGAGUGGUCUCCAGCAUUGAGCAGAAGACAGAGGGCAGUGACAAGAAGCAGCAAAUGGUCAAGGAAUAUCGGGAAAAGAUCGAGAAGGAGUUGAAGGAUAUCUGCAAUGACGUACUGGUUCUUCUGGACAAGUAUCUCAUCCCCAAGGCGAAACCAGCUGAAAGUAAAGUCUUCUAUCUGAAAAUGAAAGGCGAUUACUAUCGCUACUUAGCAGAGGUUGCCCUGGGAGAAGAGAAAGCCACUAUCAUUGGCAAUUCACAGGAGGCCUACAAGAACGCCUUUGAAAUCAGUAAGACAGAUAUGCAGCCCACACACCCCAUUCGUCUGGGCCUGGCUCUCAACUUCUCUGUAUUCUACUACGAGAUUCUCAACUCGCCUGACCAGGCUUGUAAGCUUGCCAAAACGGCUUUUGAUGAGGCCAUUGCAGAGCUUGAUUCACUGAAUGAAGAAUCAUACAAAGACAGCACCUUGAUCAUGCAGCUACUGCGGGACAACUUGACACUGUGGACUUCAGAUAACCAGGGAGACGCCGAGGACACCGAGGAGGGGCGGGAAAACUAAAUUCCGCUUUAUUUGUUCUUCCCCUGUUAUUCACCUGCCAUCGUUCCAUCUCAUCAUCAACACUGAGACCACCUCAUCAGCAACUUCUGUCUCUUUUAGUUCUUUUACUUUUGCACAUUCCUUGCUUUCUUCAUUCCCUGUCAUUGUGAGGGGAUUUUCUGAGGAUUUAUAUAAUGGGAGGUGGGUGGGAGGGAUUUAGGAUCAGUAUGGGGCAGGUAAUAGGAGGGGAGGAGGUUUAUGUGCUGUUAACCUUGUUUUCUCUGUUGGGAUCUCUAGGUUGUCGCAUUAGUGUGGAAGAUUGCGGAUGAUGGCAUGUUCUUGGCUCAUGCUAAGUUGCAAGUUAAAUCCUUUGUUAUUCGUAUACUGUAUGUAAAUCUGUCAAGGAGGCUGUCCAUUGGCCAUAGUCAUUAUGUACACCUUCACUUUAGCAUAUACAUUAUAAAUAGCCCUUGUGUUGAAGUAGAGGUGGAGAUAGCAGUGCUAUUAUACAGUUAGAAAAUAAGCAACAGCAGCAGCACAUGACAUACAGUGAACUGCUAGCUUGCACAUCCUUUAAAAUCAUGGGGGAAAACAUUUUUACAUUCCAUGUAUUGUCACUUUCAAGUUUUCUUAUUCCAGGCAUUUGGUAACCUGCAAAUUACAUUUGCUUACUCCCUAUUAAUUACGAGGUAUAGAAGACCCUAAGAACAAAGAGCACAUAAGCUUGAUACUGUUACCAUUUGACUGUUCAAGCAGAGCAGUAGGAAAAACCAGUGUGAUUUUAGUUAUUUUUCCCAGUAAUGGUUUGUUUUGUUUAUUUUCAAUUUCCUUUCAUUUCUUUUGAUACUUGCCUAAAUUGCAUGUGGCUAUGAAGCAGUUUAUAUGGGGAGGAAAGGGAGUAUACUCUUCGGGCUGGCUAGCUUUUUGUCAUGUCUCUGGAAUUUUCAUACAGAACACCCAAGCAUAAAUAUUCGGAGGGAAAAUAUGUAAUUCCAUGGAAGUGGAAUAAAAAAAAUAUUUAA